CAGCGAGUCGGGACAAACGCCUCUGGUUAUUCCUGUCACUUAUUCUGUUUUUGGCAUUAAAAAUACAUCUAGAGCCACUGUGUCAGGGCUCUACAGUGCCGGAGGUCGAUCGUCGGAAGUCACGCAGCACCAACACCAACCUAUUUUUCCAUGAGAGGAUCGUUUUAGUUGUCCAACAUGAUUUAACUGCUAAUAAAAAACAAAGCAGAGAUGGAGACGUUUGGAGGCGAUGCAGCUGCUCUGGGGGGUGAAGAGGAUCCAGAGGAGGAAGAGAGGAGAAAAGUUGAGGCUUUACCCCCGCUGUUCGAGGAUGAGGAGAAUGUGUCUUUGGCAGAUAUCCUGUGUCUGAGAGACAGCUGUCUGUCUGAACAGGAGGUGUGGGCAGUGUGUGCAGAAUGUGUACACUCACUGCAGAGCAUUUCCUGCUCUCCGCUUUUUUACACGCUCUGCAUCACCCCGGACACUCUGGCCUUUAAUGCUCACGGCAACGUGUGCUUUAUGGAACAGCUCAGUGAUGACCCUGAAGGCUCCUUUGUACCUCCAGAGUUUGACAAGACUGGGAACACAUUUGAGGGCCAUGUGUUCUCGCUCGGAUCCACACUUUCAGCUGCUCUGGGCUACAAUAUAGAACCAGAAACAGAGGUGGAGUUGGGCGUCGAUACGUGUAGGUUGCUUGAACAAAUGCAAGAAGAAAAGCCAGGAGACAGACCUUGCCCAAAGGUUAUUCUAUCUCUAGCAGAAGCCAAAAUCACAGACACUACAUCAAGAGCAGUGUGUCGAAAGCUCUCAGCCAUCGGAAGAAGAGUACUGUCCAUAGAAUCAGUUGCAACUUACCAAGAUGAGUGGGACAAAUCAUAUCAUCACUUUAUGGACUAUAAAGGCUCGCGGUCAAGCUCAGUUGAGAACCAUACAUAUGACCAGCGCAUGGCCAGACAUUAUUCUUCAGAAUCUCAUGAAGAUGAGGAGCAUCUGGUUAAACAAAGGCGAAGAGCCUGCAAUGGGUCCUUCCGCUCUGGGAGUGUGGAUGGAUAUAACAGUGGUCCAAUGUCCUAUUCGUCUCAGAAUAGCUCACCCAUUUUUAGGAUGAGCCAAGAGGUGAAUUGGAGGAGAUCACGGAGUGCCCUCAACCGCUCCUGCUCAAUUCCUGACUCCAACAACCCCCCUGUGUUCUCAACUCCAUCACACACAAACCUGAGCAUGAUGGUAGCAGACUUGUCAGAGAUUGGAGGAGAGGAGAGUAUGAUGAUGCAAUGGGAGGACCAUAUGCCGAAGGAAACACACAAGAAGUCUGCACAGGAUGAAGAUUCAGGUGGAACAGAGGAAAGUUUCAGCCAUGCUAUAGACUCUGUAAAUAGAAUAAGUAAUGACACCCUUGCUCAUCUCAGCGUUGAUGCAGAUCCAGAAUGCACAGGUCAAAAUGUAGUUGGAAGGGAGGAAACCCCUGUGCUCUUCACACAUGUAGAUAAGGAGAUAAACAAUAGCAAUUUGUGCUGUUCUAAUCAUAUGACCAAAAGCAUGCUGUGCCUCAAUGAGGAAUCUCAGGACGAGUGGGUCCCUCUGCGGAAACUGUUGUCGCACUGUACACGGCCGCUGUCUGUGAAUGAUUUGUGGGCACUGUGUUACACCUGCCUGUCUACACUGCAAACCUACACUGAUUUCCCAGAUUACCUAUGCCUGGACUCUGUGUACGUGGGCUGUGACGGAGAGUUGCUGUUCCUUUUGCCUAAAAACACAGGAUCCAACGAUGUCUUUUAUGUAGCUCCUGAAUUCCAGGAACAUGGUAUUAUAACAGAAAAGGCCUGCAUUUAUGGAGUAGCAGCUAUUUUGUGGGCCACAGCUAAAUUUCAUUUGUCCCCCAAUCAGAAGCUAGCUAUGCCAAGAAAACUCAAGAGGCUCCUUCUUGAGAUGGCCAAAAAAACUCCUAUUGAAAGGCCAUCUAUUGCUAUGGCAAAAAAGAUUUGUCGGGAUUAUCUGUCACGUCAGGGGACUGAUGCUGAGACUGUGUGGACACAUCUAAUCAACAGACUUCAUAGGGCAUCCCAUAGGAUUAAUAAAGAAGAAAGUCUCCCAGAUGUGGGCUCAUUAAAAAACACAUCUACACCUGAGAGGAAAACUGGUUUCAUCCCUCUGGGUCAUGAUGUAAGGUUGGCCCCUGUAUCUGGUCCUCUUCCCCAGAGCAACUCACUCUCUAUGACAGCAAGGCUGCCUGAGGCUUUUACUUCUUUAGCGACCCACUUUACUCCUAUAGUAGUGGCUCAGGAGGAUGUUGAGGAAGAGGAAUUACCUAUCCCUCAGCCAAGGAUAGACAGUGUCCCCAGUGAAAUCGGAAUUGAAAAUGAGGUUGAGGACCUGACGACUGACACACUACAACUUCAAGAAAAUUGGUUGCAGGGAGAGCAAGAGGAUGACAAUUGCUCAUCCUUGUCUAGUAGCACAACUGUUUUUACCUCUUCACCUCACACCGACCUCCAAACAGCCUAUCCAGUGUCAAACAGCCAGACUCUGCCAACCUGUCCUAGCGUCUCAUGCUCUGCUGGCAUUUACAACAACUUCCUCUUACAGCAGGACCCUCAGAGUGGUCGCCUGACACUGUUUCCUGUUCACGUAGCUGUUUCUCAGCCAAUCACAGGCAUAGAUCUUAGCCUGCAAUUGAGAGCAGAUUCAGAAUCUGACUCAAGAACUCAAAACACUGGGCAUGAUGUGUAUCAUGUAACCAAGAAUGGAGAAUCUGCUCACCAUUUCACAUCUCCUUACCACAAGGACAGCAAAAGCAACAUUUCAAAUAAUAGAGCUUACCUGAAUAUCACUGAGCCUUCUCAGAAUACCAGGGUAUUGAGCACUGUACAGCAGAGCCAGCCUGUCCUGCAGCAGGUCAUCGGUCUUAUCAGAGAGGAGUUUGCCUUUGACUGUUAUCUGGAUAAUGGACCAGAGGAGCUGGUAAUGGGAGAGUACAUUCUUUCUUUAACAAACCUGCACUUUGAGACCUUCUGUAGAGCAAUAGUGGAGAAGUUCGGUGAUCUCCACUGGGAUAAAGACCUGCUAGGAUUGCUGCACUGUCUUGUCAAUCAAGAUCCCUCUUUCCUAGCAUCUGUUGAAGACCCUUUAUCAGAGCUGGAGGAAAGGUCACUGACAUCACCCCUGAAUGCCAAGAGGUGUGAAGGAGAGAAAGAAAGGAACACAGAAUGCAGUCAGCUUGACCACAAUGCAAACAAGUGCCAUGUGCCAGAAGAGAGAGAACAUAAAGCAACUAGACAACAAAUCAAAGAAGAAACUAAAGAUAACCAAGGACACAUAAGAACGAGUAGAAGAGGAGAAGGAAAUACAGCUAAUGAGAUCAGGAACUUGCAGAACGAGACUCAACCAAUCACAAAGUGUCAUUUUAAUGACAGUGCAGUUUUGAGCGAACUCAGUAUGGACGUGGAGAGCAGCAGCUGUCCAGUAGAUGGAGCUGAAGUGUGUACGUGUAGUGAUGAUCCUCUGUGCCAGCAUUCUGAACUGGGGGAGAGUACAGACACCCAGCUUUCCCUGGACUGCUCAGAUGCAGAAAUGGAUGAUUCUGACUCAGUGAUGUCAGACAGGACAGUGUCCUCUUGCUCAGCCUUUCAGGGCCCUCUGUGCCGCCCUACAUGGGCCCUGGCUCUGUACGGAGAAGACUUCUUCAGCCAAGAAGUGGUGGAGUAUGCUUACAAACUUGGCAGUCACACUGACUCACCAAGCUUGGACGAUAAAUCACAGGAACUUCACCAACAACUGAUGAUCGAGAGCAGAAAUUUAAAGAAGACCAGAAACUUUUACCAGAAACUAAUUCAGCAACAAAGGAAAACUAAAGGUUCAGAAGCAAGGGUGAUGCUCUCUAAACUGAGGGCCCAGUUUGAUGAACUAAGAGCUAAAGUAGAGUUCCUUGACUCUGUAAGGCAAUAUCUCCAGGUGUUGUAUGUAGAUCAGUGGGGUUUGCCACUCUCUCUGCUGCCCUCUCUGGCUUCUUCUGGAUCUUCUAAAAUAGACCUUAAAGAUCGAACCGAAGAUCCAACCAUAUUGAGUCUGGUGUGUGAGCAGCGCAGAACAAGAGGUUGCUGUCCCGUACUGGCUGGAACACCCAAAGGCCUGAUGGCUCAUUUAUAUUCCAGAAAUGCUUUUGUAGAAGGAUACAUCCAACACUUUCUCUACACAUACCGCUACUUCUGUACUCCUGAGGAAUUCCUCCAGUUUCUAAUGGACAAGUUUAACAGCUCUGUAGUAGCCAACAAGGACUUCACUACUGACAGCGCUAAGGUGUACCAUCGCACCCUGGACCUCUUAGAGUAUUGGAUUGAAGACAGCCGAUCAGUGGAUUUUACCUUCAGCGCCUCCCUUCAAACAAUCCUCGACAACUUCCUCACAUCUGAGGUGGCUCCAGUGGACAGUCGUGGAGAGAGUCUACUCACCAUGCUACAAAACAGUCCCAAAAAGAGGCGGGGAUGUGGGGUAUCAAAUCGUGGUGAGAGUCCAGCCAGCGGAAGGGAGGAUCUUGAUGUUCAGUCAGUUCAAUCCUAUUGCAGGAAAUCUUCUGUUGAUGAUGCAGCAAGAAAGACUUUUCAGUGGCGUAUAUCCCGAGUGGUGGAGCCCCAGGUGAACCAACCUAAGGAGAAGGUGUACUCAAUUGCUUCAGCACUGCCCCGACCCUGCUACAGUUCUGUGCUGAGCCAGAUAACCAGAGUGUCUCUGAGGAAUGAAGAGAGAGUGGCAUUCAGUCAGACAGAGCACAGUCCCCUGAACACAGCACUACAGCUCACACUACUCCAACAGGAAAUCUUCCAAGGUUGUCACCCUGUGCAUUUUCUUAACUCCAGAGCACAGGGAGUGAAAGAAAGGGCAGGCAGCCUCUCCAAAUCUGAAGCCCCGCCUGUAGAGGGCAGUAGUUUGUUUGUGGGUGAUGAGUCAGGGGCCUCUGAUGGGCCUCUGCAACACCUCUUGAGAUAUGCAGAAAGCAUCAGUAACUGGGUCUCAGCUGAGAUUGUCAUCACAGACUCAGUGAAGGUUCAGACAGCCUUGCUUGGCAAGUUUCUCUCUAUUGCUAAACACUGUUAUGAGGCAAGAAACUUUGCUACGGCCAUGCAGAUACUUGGAGGUCUGGAGAACGUGAUUGUCCGACAAUUACCGGCUUGGAAGCAGCUAUCAGCAAAGAUGUCAGAUGUUCUGGAGGAGAUCAGAGCAGUUCAGGUGUUUUUGAAGAGUGACAGUCUGUGUCUGAUGGAGGGAGAGAGAGGAAGGAGGCAGCCCACGCUACCAGAUGCACACAUCCUGGCCAUGCACAUACAACAGCUUGAGAUUGGUGCCUUCACUUUGACUAACGGAGCGUACAAGUGGCCCAAGUUACGGAGUAUAGCACGUGUGGUAAGUCAGGUUCAUGCUUUCCAGGAGCACAUGUAUACAUACACUCCUGAUCUAGAGCUUCAGUCAUAUCUUCAAGCUCGUAUCAGCCGUCUGGGAGCAUGUGAUGUAUCACUACUUGCCGCUGACAAUGACGCCAACUUUAACCAGCCUGCUGCAGAGCGGCACACACGCAGGAUUCAGGACACACUGCGCAGGGUCAAGGCCUCUUUUCAGUGAUCCAGCAGCUCUCAUGUAUUCUGUGCAGAAAUUAAUACACAUGGUUAGUAGACACUGUUCAAAAACUUUGUAAUCAAGUACAAGGCUGUGUGUAUUAGAGGAAUGGGAACUCUGAGAAUCUUUACUCAGCUGUUUUAGAGUGUAAAGUUCAAGGAAGUAUCCAUUUUUUAUUUCAUUUUUUUAAGGAGGUCAAAGUUAUUCCAUUUUUUGUGCAUAUUUAUGGUGAAAACAACCAAUAAUCUAAUUUUAUCUUACUUCCCUUUACCGAAGUACUGAGGGGAUCAACAAACGUUUUUGAAGAACAGGGUUUUCAUUCUGCAGAUGUAGCUGUUUGAUAAAAGCAUCUGAAAAAUGCUUAAAUAAUUCUUUAUAUUCUAAAACAAAUCCAAGUAAAAAUGUGCCAAUUAUUCAAUUUACUACUGCAGUAACAGGAAUGGAAAUAUCUGCAAUAAACAGCCAUGGCUUAAUUCCAUUAAAGUACAUGUUAAGAACUGCACACACAGCGUAGCUCAGUUACAGCAGAGCAUGGUAGCUAUGCUCAGAUGUAAAAAUCUAAAAUUAUAAGAGGGUUAUUUUAAGUAGACUUAGUCUGAUUUAGAAAUACAAACCUAAAGCUUUUUUUUUUGUACUGGUUAUAUUUUUCUGCGUAUAUUGUAUUUUCUAUAUCUGUCAAGCAGUCACGUAAUUCAGCUUUCUAAAUUAGAGUAUAUGGCUAUUAUUGUUAUUAAUAUUAUUAUUUGGCUGUUGGACCGGUGUUUGGUGUUUCUGUGUGUGUGUGUGUGUGUGUGUGUGUGUGUGUGUGUGUGUGUGUGUGUGUGUGUGUGUGUGUGUGUGUGUGUGUGUGUGUCCACCCCUCAUCCCGAGGUGAGGAAACUGGCGCUCCUGGAGGUCGAUGCUUCUCUGUAGUCGCCACUUCAAAGCGCUUCAGAUAAACACACUUAAUUGGGAGGCGAAGAGCUCCGACCUCUCUAAGCACAGAUCUGAGAUAAAGGAAGCAACUACCAUGCUGUUAUCAUCCUCACUAGAGCUAAACGAUCCCUUUAGGAACACAUUGUUAGCCGGCGGCGGCUUGAGCGCUCAAAGGGAUUAAACUACUCUUGAGUGAGUCAACACAUACAGUGAGAUAUAACCUGAUGAGUGGGAUUUACAUUGCAUUCACAUUGUCUGUGUGCCAAUGCAUUUAACAUUCCAUCCAUCUCUUACUAAUACGUCUUACUUUCGCAGUGUAUGUUAAAUCGAAUGAAACAUGAAUAUACAUUUAAAUAAACUUGCAAUAAGAGGA